ACCCCCCACUGCUCUCCAGAUGCCGACAAGCGGAUCAAGGUGGCAAACCCAGUGGUGGAGAUGGACGGGGACGAGAUGACACGGAUCAUCUGGGCCUUCAUUAAGGAGAAGCUCAUCCUGCCCAACGUGGAUGUCCAGCUAAAGUACUUCGACCUGGGGCUGCCACAUCGGGACAAGACGGAUGACCAGGUCACCAUUGACUCAGCGCUGGCCACGCAGAAGUACAGCGUGGCUGUCAAGUGCGCCACCAUCACGCCUGAUGAAGCCAGGGUGGAAGAGUUCAAGCUGAAGAAGAUGUGGAAGAGUCCCAAUGGCACCAUCCGGAACAUCCUGGGGGGGACGGUGUUCCGGGAGCCCAUCAUCUGCAAGAACAUUCCCCGGCUGGUGCCCGGCUGGACCAAGCCCAUCACCGGUAGGGUGUGGUGGGCUCUGCAGCGUCACCCCUGCAGCUGUCCUGACCCCCGUCCCCCCGCAGGGUUCGGCUCCCUGGGGUUGAUGACCUCUGUCCUCGUGUGUCCGGACGGGAAGACCAUUGAGGCCGAGGCCGCCCACGGCACUGUCACCCGCCACUACCGGGAGCACCAGAAGGGCCGACCCACCAGCACCAACCCCAUUGCCAGCAUCUUCGCCUGGACGCGCGGCCUGGAGCACCGCGGCAAGCUGGACAGCAACCCGGAGCUCAUCAAGUUUGCGCAGACGCUGGAGAAGGUGUGUGUGGACACCGUGGAGAGCGGGACCAUGACCAAGGACCUCGCUGGCUGCAUCCACGGCCUUGCCAAUGUGAAGCUGAAUGAGCACUUUGUGAACACUACCGACUUCCUCGAUGCCAUCAAGAACAACCUGGACAAGGCUCUGGGCAAGAAAUAGGACACAGCCUCUCUAGCUCUGGGAUGGAUGGGGUUGGGAGGGCCCAGUGCCCUCCCCAGCUCCCCAGCACAGCUCAGGAACAGUUGAAUAAUUUUUCUAAAGUUUUCUUAGGAGUGUUUUUAAAGCCUUUGUAGCAGGGGACUGUGGGGUGGAGGGGUGCGUGGGGGUGUGUGUGUGUCCUGCCCUGAUUCAUGUACCCCAUAACGGUUUGGUGCCAUUAAAUAUCUCCCCAGCCAUGG